UGUUCCCUAUAAACAGACCACCUUCUCAAGUGCACAACGCAGACGCCACGUCCAUUCAGUGACCUUUUCUGGCUUUUUGUCUUUUCGCAUGUUUCAGCCUUCAAUAAAGGAACAGAUCUGGAAAAGGCGAUGGCGACUGCUGCGCUGGUGUUUUAUAAUGCCACGGGACCCGACGGCAAGCUGAGCGGAGCGCAGGCUAAGGAGCUGCUGCUGACCCAGUUUCAGGUUUUUACUUCGGGACAGGAGAACAAGCCAAAAUAUAAAGAAAUCCUUGCAGACCUUGAAGAAAAAGACAAGACCCUGGACAUGGAAGAUUUCAUGGUUUUGCUAAUCAGCGUCAUGGUCAUGUCAGACAUGAUGCAGCAGAUCCAGGCUGUGAAAGUGGCCAGCUGAUAAGCAGACCGGACCGGCCCUUUGGUCACCUUGCUUCAAAUCUUGUCCUUGUUUUGUGAGAAAUGUUAGACAUCCUUAUCUGUCACUGAUUUUCUCACUGCUGAUGUAUUAUUUUGUUAAUAAUUUGCUUUAAUCUCAACUGCUGUGUAACUCCAUGUUAUUAGCAUUACAAGACCUUCUCCUGACUUAGGCAGAGCUACCUGGAUUUUUCAUGUGGUGUCAGCCAAGUUGUUCAUUUGCCUGUCUGCAUUACAAGGUCAUAGAGUGGGGCAGCCUGCCCUGGCAGUAUCAAGCAUAACGCAGCCUGGCAUCCAAAGUCAGCCUGGUCCAGUGGGUUCUAAUAAUGCUAGUGAUGCAGUGCUGAAACUUUACCAAUACAGGGUGCUAAUUUCAGAUGGCUCAGUGUUGUCAUGGUGUAAAAGAGGUACAUCCAGACAGCUUCUGACCCAACAAAGGGGUAUGGCGGUUAGGAGGGACUGGGCAAAAU